AUGGCAGAAGUGAGAUAUAAAGACUAUUCAGUCUUGAACUACUUUGCUUUUAAUUUUGCGGGAUUUGCAUGUAUUGCAAUCGUUGUCUUUUUAACGGCAACUCAACCAUUUUACAUUAAAGAAGUGAUUGGAAUUGAGCCAAAGCCUGGCUCUUCUAAGGAUUCAAAGAUAGGCCAUAUUAUUGGAGCAUUGGGGUUUUUUGAUGAGUUGACUUCAAUGAUCUCUGCUCCAUUCUUGGGUGGCUUAAUCGACAAACUUAACGCAUUGGGGUUUGGUGGAUCUAGAAUAGUUCAAAGUUCAAGUUUCUUGAUAAUUGUUAUUUCUCUAUUUGGCUACGCCGUGAUUAAUAGAUCGUUGAUUCCCGAUAUGUUUAUCUUUAGAUGUUUGUUUGCUUUUGGCGUCACUGCUUGUAUGAGCACAGUAACAGUGACGUUAAACGAAGUAACAUCCUCGGAUUUCUCACUCAAGAUGCUUUCCUUUUGGACCAAGAACCUGAGAGGAGAGCAUCCGCAGGAAACAGCAGAUCUACCACAUGAUAGUGCAGUAGUGAGAAGUAAGAAAAAUGGAGGAUUUGCAGGUAUUUUGGGAAUGUGUACAGGUAUUGGAGCAAUAGCAUCGGUGUGUAUUCUCAUUCCAUUACCGGUUGAAAUUGUCGAUUGGACUGGCACUUCUGCAAAGCAGGGUCUCAAAUAUUCAUAUUUGGUAGUAGCAUUAUUUGCACUAGUUUCAAUGCUUAUAUUGUAUCGUUUCCUCUACAGUACAGGGUCCAGUGUUAUCCAAGAUGCAGCAAGAGGGCACACGCAAACAUAUUGGAAAAUGAUUAGGGAAGGUUUCGAAUUUUCAAAAAAUAGCAGAGAUGCACGUUUGGCCUUUGCUGGAGCAUUUGUUGCUCGUGCAACAACUGUUGCUACCACGGCGUUUAUUCCCUUAGUUGUCUACAACUUCUAUUACUCCAAAGGGGAGUGUAAAAACAGUAGCUGGUCAGAAAAGGAUAGUUGUUAUGAAGGCUACAAAUUUGCCGCUAUCUUGAAUGGUGUUGCACAAACAGUUGCAUUAGUCUCUGCUCCAUUGUGGGCUUAUUUGGUUGAUAGGUUUGGUAAAAACACCAUUGCAAUAGCAUCAGGACUCGGUGCUUUUGGUAGUCUUGGGUUAUCGUGCAACACGAAUUUUGAAAAAUACAAUCCUAAAACAGUUUCUUGUUUCUUUUUUGUUAGUGUUAUCGGUUUAUCUCAAAUUGGGCUAGUCAUAUGUAGCAUGAGUACUUUGAGUGGAAUCUCCAAUGCACAUCUGAUCAUAGGAUCUUUGAGUGGGCUCUACAGUUUCUGUGGAGGUAUUGGUAUUAUGGUCAUCAUACUAUUUGGUGGGAUAAUAGCAGACUCGUGGAUUUUGGGUCCAUUCUUUGUGUUGGGUCUUUUCAACUUGACACUUUUAGGAAUCUGUUUCUUUUACAAGAAGGAGAGACAACAGAGGAUCGCAGAUGACGAAUCAAAUGGACCGAUAGCAAUCUAG